GCUUCGCGAGGCCAAAGGUGAACGGUGUCAACAUGGCGUCUUCAAUGGAGCUGAGUUGCUGGGGCGGCGACUGGGGGUUGCCCUCGGUGCACGCCGAGUGCCUCGUUGUCAUGACUUAUGCCAGGUUUUCAGGUGCACCGUUGAAAAUCAAUGUAAUAGAUAAUACAUGGAAAGCACCAAGAGGGAGUAUACCAUUGUUAAUAUCAGAUGAUAUUGUUAUUUCUCAGCCAGCAAAAAUAUUAAACUUUUUAAGAAAACAGAAAUAUAAUGCUGAUUAUGACUUGUCUUCAAAGGAUGGAGCUGAUACACUGGCAUAUAUUGCACUGCUUGAAGAAAAACUACAUCCUGCUAUGCUGUAUACUUUUUGGAUUGAAGCUGAUAAUUACUAUAAUUUGACAAAACCAUGGUUUGCUUCAAGGAUUCCAUUUCCACUGAGUUGGUACCUACCUAGAAAGAUGUCCAGGGAUGCUCUUAAUAGGAUCUUGCUGACAAAGGGAGGGCCUCCACUCUAUAGCAUCACUGAAAUAGAAGUUCAGAUCUACAGGGAUGCAAAAGAGUGUCUUAAUCUUCUGUCAAAUAGACUAGGCUCAUCUCCAUUUUUCUUCGGAAAUAAACCUACAACUCUUGAUGCCUUCGUGUUUGGUUUUCUUGCACCUCUUUAUAAAGCACCAUUCCUUAAAGUUCAGUUACAAGAACAUCUGAAGCAGCUUCCUAACUUAUGUCACUUCUGUGAUGAUAUUCUGAGUUGCUACUUUAGACGAAACUUCUCAGGGACCUCUUCAGAGGGACAAGAUACAGUUGAUGCGAAUCUCCAGAAACUUACACAGCUUGUGAACAAGGAAUCUAAUUUGAUUGAAAAGAUGGAUGAUAAUCUUCGCAAGAGCCCUCAGCAUCCUCCUCGUAAGCUGACAACUGUCAAACUUUCUACAGCCGAGGAAGGAAAUAAUUCACUGAAUCAAUUGUCACCCUUAUAGUUUUUUAAUUUCAUAUUUAUACAUGUGUUCUGAGAAACUGUUCAUCUGUAAUCAAAUUUUGCACUAAACUUUUUGUCUUUAUGAGUCUAUGGCAAACAAUAACUUGACAUGAGUGCAGGUCCAUUCAUUUAACUGAUUUAAAAUACACCUAAGUUAACAUAAGAAAGAUCACUAGGUUAUUGUAAAAUAUGCUGUUUAAUGUCACCUUUAAUGCUGCAUAAAGCUUGCCUUUUCAGGUCAAUAUGUCUUGACCAAAAGGUAGGAUUUCAUUUUUGGGGAAUUCACUAGAUUAAGUUUUCAGUUUUGACUGCAAUCAUGUUGAACCUCAGCUUGUAUAUCAGAAUAGGUACUCGAUCCCCACUUUUAGCAUUGUUGUAGUUUUCUACAAUAGCUAAAAAAUUGAAAUUAAAAUAUCAGCCUGUUAACACAGAACAGUGAAUAGUGAAUGGUAUUUGCCAUUUUGGAACAUUUUGUGCAAGCAAUGGUGAAUAUAUGAAAUGUAUGCUAUUUUUAAAAGAAUAUAGUUUUUUUAAAAAAACUAGUCUUACUGCCACUGUCAUCUUGUUUCAUAUUUAAAUAUUUAUUCAAAUCUAGUUUUGCAAAGAACAGGCCUGGACAAGCCUGUUUAGCUGCCUGAAAGCAUAAUGCAUACAAAUUAUAGCUACUGAGUCCUUUUCCCCCCUACUUUAUUCUCUCUUACUCAUUGAUACCUUUUUCAUGUUUCUCCAGCAAUUUCAAGUUCUCUGGAAUAGGGAAAAACAAGAUGAAGUGAAGAGAAUGUCCUUCAAACUCCAUUUCUGAUUUCAACCAUAGCAAUUGGCAUUACUUCUAUUUAACCUGUUUCGUGCUAGAGGUGUUUCAUUUGUUGUCUGAAUCUGCAGAUGCCUGUGCAAAAAAUACCUGUGAAAGGAAGUGUUAACUUUUUUUCUUGACAAGCGUUUUCAAACAAGACCAAGUUCUCUUGUGCUACAACAGCUGGAGAAAAUAAAGUAUUUAUGUCUUGGCUUCAUUCAAGUGGAAACAAAGAUGGAUGGCAGGAAACAUUAGCUAGUCAGCUGAUACUGCACAUACAGUACUGAAAACUGUAUCCGGGCCUCUUUUUACACAACACGUGUAUGCUGAGCUUAGAGAAUGGGAGCCUUGACAAGCCAACUUUUCAGCAUUAGUUCCCAAAAUGACUAAUAUCAAAUUCUUGCAUAAAGAAGCUUUUUGGAUACUGAUAUUUUGAUCAGUUUUUAUUUGCUGGCUCUUGUUCUUCUUUCAUUC